AUGUGGGUGAUGCCAGACUUUGGCUACUGGUCCUGGCCGCUCGAUCUGGUUGGUGAAUAUCAGCAGAUACGCAGUGAUAUGCAGAGCAGCGAGGUAGAAUGGGAGAAGAAAGUACCAAAGGUACUCUGGCGAGGAGCUGUCAAGACAAACAAGGAAGUAAGAGGUGCGUUAAUGAGAGUUACAAGAGGGAAGUCAUGGGCAGAUGUAGAUCAAGUGAUCUGGAAGAGUAGGACGGAUGUGACAGCGGGAAGUGCUGCGUUGCCGAUUGUGGACCACUGCAACUACCAGUUCCUUGUGCACACUGAAGGACGCAGCUACUCGGGCAGAGGGAAAUACCUUCUCAACUGCGCGUCGAUCAUGAUAACACAUAAAGCUGAAUGGAUUGAGCCUCAUUCGCACCUCUAUAUUUCCACCGGACCGAACCAAAACGUUGUAGAAGUAGAGCGCGAUUUCUCCGACCUCGAAGCAAAAGUACAAGAGCUCUUGCAGAAUCCAGAGCGUGCGAAAACUAUUGUAAAGAAUAGUCUAGCAACGUUUCGGGAUAGGUAUCUCACACCUACUGCAGAAGCAUGUUAUUGGAGGGAGCUCUUCUUAUCGUGGGCAGAUGUAAGUUUCCAGCCAGAUCCUUGGGAAAUUGAUGAAGAUGGGGUUGAGAAGAUAAGGGGAGUGCCCUUUGAGACAUUUGUGAUUCAAGCACUAGACUUGGACUGCUCCUGGUGGAAGAAGGUGACCCUUCAAUGUUAG